GCCCUGCCUUACGGCUGUGCGGCCUCAGACAGGGAUCGGACCUGGCGCGCUCCUAGGGGUUCCCCGCUGUGGCGGCCCAAGCAUGGAGGGCGAGAGUACGUCGGCGGUGCUUUCGGGCUUCGUGCUCGGCGCGCUGUCCUUCCAGCACCUCAACACGGACUCGGACUCGGAAGGUUUUCUCCUUGGGGAAGUGAAAGGUGAAGCCAAGAAUAGCAUUACUGAUUCCCAAAUGGAUGAUGUUGAAGUUAUUUAUACAAUAGACAUUCAGAAAUAUAUUCCAUGUUAUCAGCUUUUCAGUUUCUACAAUUCUUCUGGUGAGUUAAAUGAGCAAGCACUGAAGAAAAUACUAUCAAGUAUCAAAAAGGAUGUGGUGGGUUGGUACAAAUUCCGACGCCAUUCAGACCAGAUCAUGACAUUUAGAGAAAGACUGCUUCACAAAAAUUUACAGCAGCAUCUUUCAAGCCGGGAACUUGUUUUUUUGCUAUUAACACCAAGUAUAAUAACAGAAAGCUGUUCUACUCAUCGGCUGGAGCAUGCCUUAUAUAAACCACAGAAAGGACUUUUUCAUAGGAUACCUUUAGUGGUGGCCAACCUGGGCAUGUCUGAACAACUAGGUUAUAAAACUGUAUCAGGUUCCUGUACAUCCACUGGUUUUAGCCGAGCAGUAAAAACACACAGCCCUGAGUUUUUUAAAGAAGAUGGAUCUUUAAAGGAAGUACACAAGAUAAAUGAAAUGUAUGCUUCUUUACAAGAGGAGUUAAAGAGUAUAUGCAAACAAGUAGAAGAGAGUGAAGAAGCAGUAGAGAAACUACUAAAGGAUGUAAACAGAUUAAAACAAGAAAUUAAAAAAAGAAAACAAGCACAGAUUCAAGCAGCACGAGAGAAGAAUGUCCAAAAAGACCCUCAGGAGAACAUUAUUCUUUGUCAAGCUUUACGGACCUUUUUUCCAGAUUGUGAAUUUCUUCACUCAUGUGUUAUCUCCUUGAAAAAUCGGCAUAUCUCUAAAAGUAGCUGUAAUACCAGUCACCAACUCAAUGUGGUGGACAACCUGACCUUAAUGGUAGAAUACACUGACAUUCCUGAAGCUAGUCCAGCUAGUAUUGCACGGCAAGAGAGGAAGCGUAAAGCUUUAGAUACAGAUGAUAGAUGGCAAUUCAAGAAGUCACGGCUGUUGGAGAUACAAAGUCAACCAUCUAAAACAGAUACUGAUAGUAGCAACCAAGAAAAAUCAUCCACAAGCAGCCCAGAAACAGAUGAGGAGAUUGAGAAAAUGAAGGAUUCUGGUGACUAUCCAAGGUCUCCUACAUUUUGAUCUUUUCAGGCCAAAAGAUUUUUGAUCAGCUGUGUUUGGCUAUUUGCAGUAAUGCAUUAAAAAAAAAAAAAAAAAAAAAAAA